GAGCGCGCACGCAUCCGGCCCGCGGUUCGCGCGCAGGUCGGUGCGUCGGUCGGGGGCGCGCUCGGGUAACCUGUACCCCGUCUAGUCGCCGGUUACUGAUCGGACUUAAGUUCCAGUGGUGACUCAUAAAUCCAGUUAAAAUGUCUCCAGAAAUUGCCUUGAACCGAAUUUCUCCAAUGCUGUCCCCAUUCAUAUCUAGCGUGGUCCGAAAUGGAAAGGUGGGGCUGGAUGCUACAAACUGUUUGAGAAUAACAGACUUGAAGUCUGGCUGUACAUCAUUGACUCCUGGACCCAACUGUGACCGCUUCAAACUGCACAUACCGUAUGCUGGAGAGACAUUAAAAUGGGACAUCAUUUUCAAUGCUCAGUACCCAGAGCUGCCCCCUGAUUUCAUCUUUGGAGAGGAUGCCGAGUUCCUGCCAGACCCCUCUGCUCUACACAACCUGGCCUCCUGGAACCCUUCAAACCCCGAGUGCCUGCUGCUCGUGGUGAAGGAGCUGGUGCAGCAGUACCACCAAUUUCAAUGCAGCCGCCUCCGCGAGAGCUCGCGCCUCAUGUUUGAGUACCAGACGCUCCUGGAAGAGCCGCAGUAUGGAGAGAACAUGGAAAUUUAUGCUGGGAAGAAAAACAACUGGACUGGUGAAUUUUCAGCUCGUUUCCUAUUGAAGUUACCAGUAGAUUUCAGCAACAUUCCCACAUACCUUCUCAAGGAUGUAAAUGAAGACCCUGGAGAAGAUGUGGCCCUCCUUUCUGUCAGUUUUGAGGAUACGGAAGCCACCCAAGUGUACCCCAAGUUGUACUUGUCACCCCGAAUUGAGCAUGCCCUCGGAGGCUCCUCGGCUCUUCAUAUCCCUGCCUUUCCAGGAGGAGGAUGUCUCAUUGAUUAUGUGCCACAGGUGUGCCACCUGCUCACCAACAAGGUACAGUAUGUGAUUCAAGGAUAUCACAAAAGAAGAGAGUAUAUCGCUGCUUUCCUCAGUCACUUUGGCACAGGUGUCGUGGAAUAUGAUGCGGAAGGCUUUACAAAACUUACUCUGCUGCUGAUGUGGAAGGAUUUUUGUUUCCUUGUACACAUUGACCUGCCCCUGUUUUUUCCUCGAGACCAGCCAACGCUCACGUUUCAGUCCGUCUAUCAUUUUACCAACAGCGGACAACUUUACUCCCAAGCACAAAAAAAUUACCCAUACAGCCCCAGAUGGGAUGGAAAUGAAAUGGCCAAGAGAGCGAAGGCUUAUUUCAAAACCUUUGUCCCUCAGUUCCAGGAGGCCGCGUUUGCCAAUGGAAAGCUCUAGGAAACACCAGUGUUGAGAGGCAGCCAACCAGACUGCUCAGUCCACAUGCGUGUCAGCGCACAGGCCGCUUCCUGGAAGCCACUGGGAAUGUCUUCAUGGCAGCCUUUUGCUCGCUCACACAGCAG